CGCUGCCGCCGCCUUUCUGGCUCCUCUCUCCCUCCGUACUGGACUCCGGUGCAUUUCCGGCCCGGGAGAGUCCGGCGUCCACCCGGGCCAGCCCGCGGGGUGGGCGUGCGCCGAGAUCUCCGCGCGCCCGAGGCCCAGCGGCCGCCAUGGCCGACGUGAGUGUAGAUCAGUCCAAGUUGCCGGGCGUGAAGGAAGUGUGUAGAGAUUUUGCCGUCCUGGAGGACCACACCCUGGCCCAUAGCCUGCAGGAACAAGAAAUUGAGCAUCAUUUGGCAUCCAACAUUCAGCGGAACCGUCUGGUACAACAUGAUCUGCAGGUUGCUAAGCAGCUCCAAGAGGAAGACCUCAAAGCCCAAGCUCAGCUCCAGAAGCGCUACAAAGCCCUUGAACAACAUGAUUGUGAAAUUGCUCAGGAAAUCCAGGAGAAGCUAACCAUUGAGGCUGAGAGACGACGCAUUCAGGAAAAGAAGGAUGAGGACAUAGCACGUCUUUUGCAAGAGAAGGAACUACAGGAGGAGAAAAGGAGGAAGAAACACACUCCAGAGUUUUCUGGGGGCAGUGCUUUUGGAGAUAACUACUAUUAUGAGGAUGGAGACCAGUCAAGGUCAAGGAGGGACAGGGAACUGGGUUCUGGACACUCAAAGUUUUGUAGACUCCAAAACGAUGGGAAGACUGUAAGGCAGAAGGAGAAACCAAGGCAUCGGCAGAAGAACUUGGAAGAUCUGGAAGAACACAACCCAUCAGAGAGAUCCCUGCCUUCUCCUACCUGGGGCAGAGGGAGGGAUGAUGCCCAGACUGCCUGUGAGCAGCAGGAAAGAAAGCGAUCUGGUCAGGAGAGGCUCUGGAAACCUCCACUUCCGAAGAUCCGAGGGGAGGUAUUUCUGAGCAUUGACUCUGAAGACCUGGAAGCUGACUGUAGCUCUGGAACUCGGAGUCCGGAAAAGCAGUCUCAUCACCAUGGCAGACUUUCACCCAAGUCUUCACAGAAAACAGGACUUCCCUGUAAGGAAAUUGUAUAUGGGCGGGAUCUUGGGCAAGGUGACCACAGAGAAAGGAGACAUAGGCCCAGGACUUCUCCCUUCUCAGAAGAUAAAGAACUUCGCCACCACCAUGUUGCAGGAAUGAAACCAAGAGGAAUAAAAGAAGCUGUCUCUACUCCAGCACGAGCGAGUCACAGGGACCAGGAGUGGUAUGAUGCUGAAAUUGCCCGGAAAUUGCAAGAGGAAGAACUUUUGGCUACCCAUGUGGACAUGAGAGCAGCUCAGGUUGCCCAGGAUGAGGAAAUUGCUCGACUUCUAAUGGCUGAAGAAAAAAAAGCUUACAAGAAAGCCAAAGAGCGAGAAAAGUCAUCUUUGGACAAAAGGAAACAUGACCCUGAGUGCAAGUCAAAAGCAAAGUCAGCCCACUCAAAGUCAAAAGAGGGCGAUGAAACACAGCGUUCCAAGAUUGACAGGCCAUCAAGACCACCGCCACCUACCAUGAUGGGCCUUGAGGAUACGGACCCCACCCAUUUUACAAACCAGCACAGUACAACACGGCAUCUUCCAAAGUCAGAGUCCUCACAGAAAGGCUUCCCUAAUAAGCAGUAAAAUAAAACAAACAAAAAGGGAUCUGCCUCGAAAAUGGACUUCUUAUAGCACAUAUUACUGAAAGAUACAACAUGCAUUCCACGUUGGCCGUUGUCCUUCUGUGUGCCAUUGCUGGGAGUUGCUCUCAAGUGUUUUCUUAACUAAAAAAGUACUUCACUUUGUUUUAAACUUUUGGUAAUUUUGGUCACUUUGGCAGUGUAAGAACGGUUUCAUCUGAGUACUGGCCAUCUCUUCUGUGGAUAUAUUUCCUGGGAUGUAAUAAUUCUGUAAAAUGACAGUUGCUAGUCAUAGGAUAUUGGCAUCUACGGAACUGAGUUUCUUUAUCAAUUAGAAGUGCACAGGGAUUCAUUAUGAAGUCAGGAAUAGUGUUUGGAUGAAUGAGGUGUAGGAAAGCUAUGGAGCAGCUGCUUUGCUGUUUAUUAUGAUAGUUUGAAAGAUACAGCCUUGUUUUUUAUCCUUUUCAGAAAAAGUAAAACCACAACAAUAAAGUCCAGGGAAACCACACGGAGCAGUGAAGUGUGUUCCUCUGAAUAAAUGGAUGAGUAGAGGCUCUGGAUGGCCUUGUAACCCUCACUUGUUAUCAUGUACUGAUGUUUCCUCAGGACCAGGUCUUUUUGACGCCCUUAGGCAAAGGCAAUGAAUCAUGUGUUAAUAUUAAUUUGUAUAGACCUUAAUUGUCUGAUAUUUUCUCUCAGGUCCAUGAGGCGUCAACUCAAAAUUAAAGAACAAACAGCCUUCCAUUGCCUUGCUUUUCUAACUUAAUUAUAGAGCCAAAGGAAUAGAACAGUUUCCAUAGGACUUGGUACCAUCUGCCCACCUAGCUGUGCACAUCCUCUUGCUCCCAGGAUAUAGAAGUUUUUGUUGGCAACCUUGCAGUGAUGUUUUAUGCACCUGCAAUAUUAGAUUAGUUCAGUGUGAAGUUGAACGUGAUGAAGUGAGUCACUAUCCAGGUAUAUACAUCUAAGCUGAUGGUCAUUGCAUUCCUCUCUGUAAGACCUUUAAACUCCUCUAUAAAAUGUUGUGUAUUCAUCCAUACCACUUACUCAAUAUCAAUGGCAGCCAUGCUGAACCUAUAUAUGAUUGCCAUUUUCCCAGCUUGACUUCCUGUUCUUUUCAAUGUAUGGAUCUGACAUUUUCUGUCAUGUCAGUAUGCUGUUUAUUUAGAAAAGAAAACAAGGUUGCUGAGAGAAAUAAUUUAAGGACUGCCUGCCUUCCAUUUGCCUUGUCUUUCCAUACUGUCUUAAACUUGUGGAGGGUUCUGGAAGGCUGCUCCCAACAGAUUUUGAUCUCUGAUUUUGAGAACAAUCUUUUGUUUCAUAAAAUGACAUCUGAUAGAAAUUUGAAUGAAAAGUGGCUAAGAGUGGAGCUGUGGGCAAACAGUAAUCUGGAGAGACAGGGACGCAACAGUGCAGCCCCUGGGAGCAAAUGCAAGGGAGUGAACUGCAGGCCUGAGUGUCAGCCAGCAGAUCCAUACAGGAGAUCCUCCUUCUGCGAAGGAGGCAAAGGGAAAGCCCUGCCUUAAGUCAGAGACUACACAGUGCUUUCCGCAUCACAGCUUGGGCCUCCCAGCUUAGUGUAAUGCUAUAUCUUUCAUUAUCUGCCCUGUGAUUUUACUUCAUGUUUUUAAAAGAUAUUUUGAAAAAGUAACUUUAAAGAAAAAAAUAUAGUUGCAUUUUUAUUUGAUAAUUAGGCAAAGCAGGCAACAUCUUCUGCCAUAUUUUUGUUUUUAUAAAUAUUUAUUUUUCUAUCUCAUGAAAUGAUCACUUUUAACUUUAAAAACUGUUUUUCUUUUGUUUUGCAUGAACUUCACUUAAUCAUAUUUAUUAUUGUAAAAUAUACGUGCUUUAGUUUAAAAAAUGCCAAGUCACUUAACCAGAAUGCUGCAGUCUUACCUGUCACCGUGGAUGGCCAGAGGCAGUGCAACCUGUGUGAUGGCUAGCUCAACAUCAGUAUUGGAAAAUUUGUUACAUUUUAAGUUCUUUUUAAAGACUACAGUUUUAAAAUAUUUUGUUUGUCUUAUUUUACUUUUAUAAAGUGAACAGUUUUUUUUAAGAGUACCAGUAAUUAUUAUGAGUAAGAAGAUAGAAAACUAUUCUUAAUUAUUUGUACUUAGAAUUUUUGCUGUCAGUGAAAUAAUAUAUCUUUGAGAUGAUUGAAACAACUAACAGCUCUUACUGAACUGCCAGUCUUCACUGUGGGCUCUGCUCUUUAAUUUUUAUAUAGAAAUGAAAGCAUUUAUUUUGUUCCUGUUAUUGAGCACAUGCAAUUUAACUUAUGAGGUCCACACAGUGUUAUGUCUUGCUGACAACAUAAGAGUAAUUAUUCUAGCUUUGGGAAAUCUUUUUGUUUCUCAACUGGUUUUCUCUGCAGGCCAUGUGCUGUUAACAGCAGCAUUACUGGAUGAGCACACUAUGUUAAGGAGCCUCAUUAUGAGACUGGCGUGUCGCUCUCUCAUUUCCAUCCUAGAAAAGAGGCUAGAUAAAAGUCAGAUUAAAUAUGCUGACCUGAAAGAAAAUUAAUUCCAGUAUUCAAGCUACUGUUAGUCGUAGUUGCCUUAUUGAGAGAAUAGAAAAAAUGCUUCUUUUGUGCUCAAAGAAUAUUGAGAUUUUUUGCAAGUGGCUUUGCAUGCCAUUGAAAUGCUAUGGGGUCAAGAGACUUUAUGACAAAUGGCAGUUAGUAAUGAACUCAAAACCAAACUAUGUAUUUCUGAUCUUGAGAAACAUCUAAAUUAGGAAGAGAGGUAUGCAUAAAAAUGUGCCCAAAGAAAACUCUUCACAGUGGCCUGGGUCACUGCACCUAGGCAACAGUCUAAAGUAGGUGACCUGUGGUCCACUGGAUGCUUUAAUACUGUCAGAGCUUCUCUUAAGUCACGUUGUGCCAAAUUUAAAACAAAGACAAAAAACAUAUUGUAAUAUGGUGCAUUCCGUUUACCACAUAAGUGGUUAACAUUUUACAGCCUUGACUUAUAAUGAGUAAUGCCUUUGUAUAAAUCUCACUUUGGGAAAUAUGAAGAUGUUACUCUCCUUUAAAAGGUAACUUCUAAUUGGCUGAGAGCAUCAGCCUAUUGAAGGCAUGAGGCCCAUGUAGAAAUAACUCGAAGGCCUGAGAUAGAAUAGCUUGCAGUAAGUGGCUACUUCCAUUGGGAGAGGGUGGUGGUUGUGGAAGGAGCAAUGACAUUGAAAUCACAUUGGCAAGGAGACAUUGUUCCCUUUGAUUUCACUGUGAACUCUGUGCCAUGUUCUCAUAGGACACUUGUACAAAACAGUCCCUACAACAUUGAAAACCCGACCUUUGAUUUAAAGAAGUCUGUAAUGUGUCCGUCCGUCAUAUGCUGUUUUUGCCGAGAAGUGACUCGGUCACUCAUUCUCUUCCUGUCUCACAAUCAGAGAAGUGACCCAGGAGAGUCAGCUCAUUCUCUCUCUCUGUUGGUGCCUGUAUGCUCUAGAGCCAUAUCUGUAUCUGAGUGGUGACAGGAUGCUUGCUUCUUCCCACCCUGUAACAAGGCAGUGCAGGCAGACAGAAGCCUACUGUGGAGUAUCCUGUCCACGCUGCAUGGAGCAGUAUUAUCUGAAUAUGUGGGGGAAGGUUGGUUUGUUUGGUUAGUUUUUAUCAUGGUGAUAUGUAAGAUAAUUAAAGGGAAGAGUUGAAGGCUUUGUUGCUUCUGCUAUAACUCAUCAGAAAUGCUCAAAGUUCAUUGUAGUGUCUCCAAGAAGGUAGAGAGCUUGGAAACAUUAGUUAUAGUCACCUUUCUGAUGAGCCCUGCACUUUAUGUCAGGAAUGUCCUUGAAGAUCAGUUUUGCCUUAAAUUAGUUUGAGUCCACCCAAGGCCAUUGUGCUUAGUAUCAUGAGCACUUGACAGCUCUCCAUUAGCAUGCAAUUCAUAACAGAGCUUCAUGCAGCAGCAUCACCCAGAGCUUUGAACCUCUCCCACUGUGCUCUGGUUGACUUGUAACAUUAAUAGGAAUAUCUUCUCAGUUCCCUGAUAGCAGCGGCAUGGCCUGAGCACUGCUAUGAGAGAGGUCCCUGGCUGGAGGAUUCACCCAGUGUUAACUUUCUGAACAGUUGGGAGAUUCUUAUCCCCCCCCCCCUUUUUUUAUGGUGACUGCAAAAGAUUAGAACAAAGGUUCUUUGGUUCAGUGACAAUACUCAGAUUAUUUCUAAGAAUUUUAGCAAUUAACUUUGUGUAUUGAAAAGCUUAUUUACCAUUAACAAAUACAGGAGAAACCUCCCCCCUCCCCCAAAUGGAUGUAUUACUUGGAAUCAUGACCUGAAAAGUGCUCUAGUUUAUUUCUUUUAACAGAAUUAAGCAGUUAAAUGUGGCUAUGGUUGAAAAGAUAAAAGAACAACUUUUUUAGGCUGCACACAGACGAGUACAGUCAUGCAGGUAACCACACCGAUUUACAUACAUGUUUGCCACUAAAAUCCAUUUUCUGCCCUUAUAAAUCCAAACACUGCUACUAAUAUGGUCAUAUAGAUUUCAUAUGCCUCUGUGUAUUAUAAGUAAAAAAAUGGUUUUUUUCCCUCAUUAUAAAAAGUUACUUUUCAUAAUAUGCUGACUUAAGCAUUUUAGAUCAGGGCAAGCUUAAUUAUGUAAUUAUCGCCUAGGUUUUUAUUGGUGAAAUUCAAAUAUGAAGAUGAGAAAAAAAUAAAAAGGUUUGAGUAACAAAUCAGCAAGGAUUGCCUACAGUAAAGAGUAGGCAUUGAGAGGCUAUGCAGUAAUGGGUGGCAGUCUUUGGAUAUAUUGCUACACUGAUUUCACACUAUGCUGAAAUUGAUUUUAGCUCAAAAUUUGGUAAGAGUUUUGGGUGUGAGAAGUUUUAUACUUAUGUAUGAAUCGUUUCUAAAUUCCUUUAGAUUGUAGACCUUGAUGUAACCCGAAAGGCAGAUGUCCUAUCCCAAGGAUAGCUGUAUUUUUCAUGGUUUUAAAUGAACAACCAGAUAUUCAUUUCAUGAAAUAAUGUAAAUAUUAGAAAGUAAUAUGGAUAAACGACAUAUAAAAGCGACAUUUCCAAAUGUCAAUUCUCUGUAAUGCCUGUUGUCUGCUAAGAAGAAUCUAUCCCUGUGAAACAUUUGAAAGGUGCUGGAUUUGAAAGUACUAGAGUUUGUUACAUAAAUCAAGUUUCUCAGGAUAUUUGAGGUGAUACUGUCAUUUAUUUCUGUUAUAAUUUGGAAAAAAUCAUUUCUUUAGUUACACUAUGAGGAAACUGCACACUUCAUUUGGUAAGAGUCCUUUAAAUACAGUAACCUAGAGAUGAGUAUAAAACAAGUGAGGUAGGAUCCCAGUUUAGAGUUAGCCCACCCCUCAGUGGGGAGGUGUGAAGGGGAUCCCAGUGCUGGUCAGUUUAUGGUCAGCCCACCCCUCAGUGGGGGGUUGUGAAGUACAUAUUUCAUGGAGCUGAAUAGAACUUCAAUAGAAUAUCGUCCCUUGUCUGAGGAAAGACAACCUCAACCACAUGCCUAUCUAGAGAUUGAAUAAAACUGUGAGGAGACACUGUGUGGAUGCCUUAAGGUGGCUGGUGCUGGCUGCAGGGAACAGUCUAUUUCAGCUCAUCUUCAUAUAGCCCAAGAUGCUCCUGUGCAUAACCUUGUUGAAGAAAUGAGAAAUGCGGUGCUGGCUACUUUGAUGUGUCUGGGGAGGCUGGCGUCAUUGGUUAACAUCAUUAAGUCACUGUCCAGUGCCCAAGCCUUCCUUCACUACCACUCAUAUAUCUACAUCCAUUCAUUCAUCUAUGCAAGCUUGUGUUUUUGUGGUUUGUAUUUUACACCUGGACAUCAGGUUUAACAUUGGUGUUUUAAAUAAUUUUUAAACCAAAGUAUUGUAUGAGUAAGUCUAUGUGCUCUGUUUUUGUGAAUGUUUUGAGAUAAAUACCUAUCUUGUUUUCUCUUAAUAAAGUCAUCCAUUUAUUAAGUCAA